AUGGAAGGAAGGAAGCCAAACGCUGAGUUUUUUCUGAAUAUGUUAAAGAAUGAUGGUCUAGUGAUGGGUCUGUUGUUUGAUGCGCAUCUUACGCUUGAGGAGAUUUGUGCUCUGGAGAAGGAGAUGAAAGAGGAAAAAAACUUAAAUGAUAGUUUUGGGGUUUUGGAUAUGGGAAACUUUGGUCAGUGUGGUAUCGUGUUGGAUGUUUCACCAUUGUCACUAGGUCUUGAAACACUAGGUGGUGUAAUGACAAAGAUCAUCCCAAGAAAUACUACUUUGUCGACCUCCAAGUCAGAGGUGUUCUCCAUAGCCACAGAUGGGCAGAUUAGUGUUGAUAUUAAUGUUUUCCAAGGAGAGAGAGAAUUCGUUAGGGACAACAGAUAUCUACGCAGCUUUUGUAUGGAUGGUAUCCCACCUGCACCUCAUGGGAUUCCUCAAAUUGAAGUGAAGUUUUGCAUAUUUUUGAAUGGUAUUCUUUUGGUCACUGCGGUUGACAAGGGCAUAGGGAAGAAGCAAGGCAUUACCAUUAUAAAUUUGCCCAAUGAUUAUGUGCAAAGGAUGGUUAAUGAAGCAGAGAGGUUUGCAAAGGAUUACAAGGAGAAGAGAGGUGCCAUUGACACAAAGAACCAAGCUGAAUCUAUUGUCUACCAGACAAAGAAACAGCUCAAGGAACUUGGAGAGACAAGGUUCAUGCCCUAGAAAGAGAACCAAGUUGAAUCAUUGACACUCAUGUAUUUUUUUUUUUUUUACCUUGUAACAACACUUAUUUUUUCUUG